GUGUGUAGGGUAGCCUGAGACAAAAGCAAAUUGUUUCGCGCCGAAAAGAAAAAGGAAAACAGAAAAAACGGAAGAAAAAAACACUAAACAAAUUACGCGUAACAACUGAUAUUUUGCCAAACAAUGUAUUAAACAACUUAAUUAAUUAAGAAUUUUGUGAGCUGGCAAACGGGAGCAACAGAGAGCAACUGAGAGAGAGAAGAAGCGUGAGAGUUCAGUGCGCGCGUGUGUGUGAGUGUGUGUUUGUGUGUGUGACGCUCCGCAAACCCGCCCCGCACCCCUGCAACAAAAACAAUGGCACCACAGAAAAAACGCGACAAAGAUAAUGCAGAUAGCGCUGCAGCCACUGCAUCCAAUGGACAUGGCCAUGGACUAACAACAAAUGGUGGUGGUGGUGCUGGUGGCCCCGGAGCAGCAACAGAUGCAGCAGGAAAUACAAGCACCACCAGCACCACAACGGGUGCCGCUACUGGAACUGCCGGAGCCACCGACAACAGCAAUCAAGUCAAACUCAAUGGACAUCAACAAGAGCAGGAACUCUUUUUGCAGGCAUUUGAAAAGCCCACGCAGAUCUAUCGCUAUCUACGGAAUCGGCAUGAGACAAAUCCCAUCUUCCUGAACCGAACACUCAGCUACAUGAAGGAGCGCAUGUCUAGGAACAACAAGAAAAGAGCUAACUUCAAGGUUAAUUCCAUACUAGGUGGCGUUCUACAAAAAUCUGAGGCGGUGUCACAAAACUACCUGCAUGUUAUCUAUGAUUCAUUGCAUGAGAAACUAAAAUCCCAGGAUUCAGAUGAGUUGCUGCAGGAGCAGUUGCUAUGCAAGGCCGGCGAAUCGGUAUGCGUUGAGACAACGCUCUACAAAAUAACACGAAGCAAACGCAAAGAUAGCACCCUGGAUUUUCAAGAGCUUCUGAGCAAGAGUUCACAAAUUAUAUACAAUCCCAAGAAUGGUAUUGGCGAGUAUGCCACCAUUAGUAUACCAUUGCAGACCAUGCGACCCAUGGGGGAACAGCAUACACUCUACAAGCUGCUCUUCCGUAUCAAAAUGAUGCCAGCAACUUCAGGGGGAGCCACUACAGCGCCAGCUGACCCCUGCAAUGAUGAGAAUUUAGCUUCACCACUGCCGCCACCACCGCCGUCGAAACGAUCUCGCCCCAAUGAGAAAAUGUAUGGCUCCGAGUUAAUAUUGUAUGAGAAAUCCACGGGUUUCAUUACCGAAGGCGAAUACGAGGCCAUGCUUCAGCCAUUGAAUUCCACAAGCAUCAAAUCCUUCUCACCAAAGAAAUGCACCUGGGAUGCAAUACCCGAUAGCUACAUUCCACUAUCGUUAACCUAUGAUGUCUAUCAGCAGAGUCCAAUGUUAAAAUUCCAUUUGACCCUAUCGAAUGAGCAAUUGCCGGAGAUUAUAGCGGCUCCUGAUUUGCAGCGUUAUGUUCAACAUGUUAGCGAGACGGCGGCGGUUGCUGCCCUUAAUCAUAAUAAUAAUAACAAUUGCAAUAAUAAUAACAACAAUAACAACAACAAUAAUAAUAAUAACAACAACUGCAGCAGCCUUAAAAAUGGCAAUAAAACUGCCUCCACAACAAACAACAAUAACAACAAUUCCUCGAGCAACCAGUUGGAGCAGCAAACCACACAAAUUGUCUACAAUUUUAUGUACAGCAAUAAUACGCGACAACAGACAGAAUAUACCCAGGAAUUGAAUUGUCCAUGGUGUGGUCUGGAUUGCUUGCGUCUAUAUGCCUUACUCAAGCAUUUGAAACUUUGUCAUGCCCGCUUUAAUUUCACCUACCAACCGGCCGGAACUGGAGCACGCAUCGAUGUUACAAUCAACGAUGCCUAUGAUGGCUCCUAUGCCGGUUCACCAUAUGAUCUAGCUGGACCAUCGGGCUCUUCAUUCGCCCGAACCUGCGGCCCAGUGCGACGCACUUCGGUGACCAGUUUAAUGGUCUGUCGUCCAAGGCGUCAAAAGACGUGCCUAGAUGAGUUUCUAGAACUGGAUGAGGAUGAUAUUAGCAAUCAGCGUUCGUAUAUAACCGGGCACAAUAGGCUAUAUCAUCAUACGGAGACCUGCCUACCCGUACAUCCCAAAGAGCUGGACAUUGAUUCAGAGGGCGAGAGUGAUCCUCUAUGGUUGCGGCAAAAGACCAUUCAAAUGAUCGAUGAAUUCUCCGAUGUCAAUGAGGGUGAAAAGGAGUUAAUGAAACUUUGGAAUCUUCAUGUGAUGCGUCAUGGAUUUGUGGGAGAUUGCCAAUUGCCGCUGGCCUGCGAGAUGUUCCUCGACGCCAAGGGCCAUGAGAUUGUCCGCAAGAAUCUCUAUCGCAAUUUCAUUUUACAUAUGUGCUCGCUGUUUGAUUACGGUUUAAUUGCUGCCGAAACUGUAUACAAGACUGUCCAGAAACUGCAGGGAUUGCUAAGCAAAUAUGCUGCCGGCCAGGAGCUAAUGCAGCGUCAACGUGAGUCUCAGCUCAAGUUUUGGCUUGAGGUGGGCAUGCAUAAGAAGCAGGAUGACCUCAAGACCUUGCCCAAGACCUCAUCGCCGCAAAAAUUAUCCGCCACAGCGGACAAUACAACUACCUCAACUACGUCGUCGUCCGCGACAUCGACUGGGUCGAAUGGAGGGGUGGCCACUAUGCAGCCACCUAAACGCAUGCCCGCAAAUCUCAAACGUGCUGCCGCGGCAGCAGCCGCUAAAACAGCGGCCCAAGAAUUGGCGGCAAGUGGCUCGUCACUAUCCUCAUCAUCCAGUGGCAGCAGCAACAACAACAAUAGCAAGAAUGUAGCCAAAAAGUCGGCAGAUCAACCAGCAUUAGGCGUCAGUUUGGCCAAUACCAGAGAGCGUCGUUCCGAUACAAGUCUGAAACGUCGCAGCACCAUAACGGGAGGACAUCUGGGCUCCAAUGAUGGCCAAAAGAAUAAUGCCAGCUCCUCGGGCAUUGUUACAUCCAAACGCAAAAUGAGUGCUAAAGAUAAUGCGGCGAUCAAUAAACGUCAGCGCUAUAGUGAGGGCAAUGCUGGAAAAUCUGCUGCUGCCGGAGGAGGAGGAGGAGGAGCUAGCCGCACCAACAACAGCAAUAAGAGCAACAAUCAUACACUGCCAGCAAGUAGUAAGCGCCUCAUUGACCGUAGACGAACCACAACCACGGAGCGUGGUGGAAGAUCGUCCUUAAACAAUACGAGUAGCAGCAGCAACGCAGCCGCCACUGGCGGAGGAGGUGGAGCAGGAGUACGUACACGGCUUUCCGUGCCGACGGCCAAGUAUGAGAGGCGCUGACGCAAGCGUCGACGACGACGUUGCUGUUGCUGCUGCUCGUAUUGAUAUGUUGCAACGACGAUGGUUAAUCGAUGGGGAUCUCAGAUCUUGCAAAAAUAAAACGUAAUAAGCCCAGCCAGGGCAAACUUAUGACUUAUAUUAAUA